GGUGGUGGCGAGGGGAGCGCAGAGGCGGCGGGGCCCGGCGCUGUGGCACCAUGGCGGACCAGUUUUAUCUGGAAAAUAUAGACGAGUUCGUCACGGACCAGAACAAAAUCGUGACAUACAAAUGGCUGAGCUAUACGCUAGGCGUUCAUGUUAAUCAGGCCAAACAAAACCUGCACACGGAUGUUUAUAGCAGCUUUACUGCCAAAACUUGGAAGCAACCAAGAUGCCUUCAGUAGCGAAAGGAUAAAUAAACUGUGGUACAUCCAGGCAAUGGAAUAUUAUUCAUCGGUGCUAAAAAAGAAAUGCGUUAUCAAGACUUAAAAAGACAUGAAGGAAACAAAUGCAUAUUAGAUGCUGUAUGAUUAUGUUGAAAGGAAGCGAAAGGAAAAUUCAGGAGCCCAACUGCAUGUCACUUAUUUAGUGUCUGGCAGUCUCAUUCAGAAUGGACAUUCCUGCCACAAGGUUGCAGUAGUGAGAGAAGAUAAAUUGGAAGCAGUGAAGUCCAAGCUAGCUGUGACUGCCAGCGUACAUGUGUACAGCAUCCAGAAAGCCAUGCUAAAGGACAGUGGGCCUCUGUUCAAUACCGACUAUGACAUCCUUAAAAGCAACUUGCAGAACUGCAGCAAGUUUAGUGCCAUCCAGUGUGCAGCUGCAGUUCCUAGAGCUCCUGCUGAUUCCUCAUCUUCUGAAAAGUUUGAGCAGUCAGAUCUUCCAGUAUCACCUGAGACACAAGCCGAUAAUGAGUUGACCACCAAUGGUCAUAGCCCAUCUGUCCCCAAACAGAGUUCCCAGCAGCCCAAAGGAAUCAUGGGCAUGUUUGCUUCUAAGGCUGCUUCUAAAACCCAAGAUGCCAACAAGGAAACCAAAACAGAGGCUAAAGAAGUAACGAAUGCAUCUGCGAUAAGCAGCAAAGCACCAGGGAAAGGGAGUGUGAUAAGCAAUUUCUUUGGAAAAGCUGCUAUGAAUAAACUUAAAGUCAAUUUGGAUUCAGAACAAGCAGUGAAAGAAGAAAAAAAAGUAGAGCAACCUCCACUGUCUGUCACUGAACCAAAGCUGGCAGCCCCCGCAGGCCUGAAGAAAUCUAGCAAAAAAGCAGAGUCUGUUAAGAUGCAGCAGAAGGAAAAAAAAAGGAGGAAGCAAGUGGAGUUAUCUGAUGAUGAGACAAAAGAAACUGAAAACAUGAAGAAAAAAAGGAGAAGAAUCAAACUUCCUGAGUCUGAUAGCAGUGAAGAUGAAGUCAUACCAGACUCUCCUGGGGCUUAUGAAGCUGAGUCACCAUCCCCACCUCCUCCUGCUUCUCCAUCUCCUGAACCAGUGCCAAAGACUGAGACAGAGCCUCCUUCUGUCAAGGGCUCAAGUGGAGAAAACAAAAGAAAACGAAAACGUGUGCUAAAAUCUAAAACCUUUGUGGAUGAGGAGGGCUGCAUAGUGACUGAAAAAGUCUAUGAGAGUGAAUCCUGCACAGAUAGUGAAGAAGAACUUAAGAUGAAGACUUCCCCUGCACAGAGGCCUCCCUCCAUGACUGUGAAGAAGGAACCCAAAGAGGAACGAAAGGGCCCAAAGAAAGGAACUGCUGCUCUGGGCAAAGGAAAUAGACAAGUGUCCAUUACUGGCUUCUUCCAGAGGAAGUGAACUGCCAUCUCUGUUAGGUCAGAGAUGUGGAGUGGUCAAGGGACAAGACCAAGACAUACAGACUCUCUCACUUACUGUGUAAGUUCAUCCAGCGCCUCACCUCACCUGUAUCGAAAGACUGUUCUCCCGUCCUGUAAGGUUUAUGUGCCUUCAGGUUUUCAACAAAAAGGAAAUCACCUGGAAGCAAGAGGCAAAAGAAUAUUUAAAAAGCUGUUAUCUUCUAAUGACAUUUUUAAGCACAAUUUUGACCUGUCCAGGAGAAGAAUUCACUCCAAAAAUAAAUUGGAACAGGUUUCAGAAUUAUCACUGAACUCAUUAGUGGCUAAUCCACUGUGCCCGACCCACCCUAUGCCCUUAUCCAUCCAUUUAUGGCUCAGGAAGUGAUCCUCCUUGUUCUUUUGUAUUCCGUGGACUUGUGUGGGUAUUCUUUUAUUCCUGAAUUUUACUGGAUGUGUUUACCACCCCUCUAUCCUGCCUUCCCCACUACCACACUUCUGUGUGAAGUGUUUUCUGUAGUCUUUUAAAUCUUGGUUGGACUAAAGGCUGAAACAGAAAUCUCCCUGUAAUCCUCUUUUCCUCCAUUAUAAAGUACACUGACACCUGGCCACAGAUCAGCACAUUACUUUUGUUCUAGCCCUUUCACAAAAGCGCUUACUCUUUAGACCUUUACUUGCAGUUAAUGGUUAGGGAAAAGCCUCAGGCAGAGCAUGGAUAGAAAUGUAAUGAUGUAUUCAACCCCACCAGAAAUUACUUAGAGUCAGCAUUGAUGAUAUUAGAGGACUUGUCAUGCUGCUGACACAGGGUGUGUUUAUAAUACUCUUUGUGAUUUUUGUCUUCACCCCUCUCUCCCUUUCUCACUCUCAGUACCUAGAGAGGGAAACCCAUACAGUGAAAUGAAGACUAAAAAGAGAAGUCCUUUCUUACAUACAGUGUACAACAGUUAAGUAAAAUUUCUCCUUUUCAAGGACUGAGUGGUAGAAACAGCAAUUUUCCAGAAAGGUAAUGAGGAAGAGGUAAAGCACAUUGUCUAUUGAUGCUGCUUCUCUGUAUUUUUAACUCCUUCAUGUGCUUAGAAAUACAGGCUCCCCAAGAAGAGAUGGAGAGACUGAGUCAUUGGUAGAUCUAAACAUUUUCAUUUGUUACUUAUGGAAAGUCAUUUAUUCCAGUGAUAACUUGGAAGCGACUUCCUUUAUGGCUGGACAGUGAGCUCAGGGGAUGGAGGUUGUGUGGCGGUGACCUUGCACAGUGAGCUCUGGGGAAAGGAACACAGGCUCAGCUGCUGGCAUGACUCAUGACUAACAGAUGAGAGAUGUCUGACUUGAUCCUUGCUCCUUCCGCCUUCGCCUGGUGUAUGUCGUAAGUGAUGCAGUCAGCCGUCUACUGUUUAAGGUUUGAAUUGUGACUGACCUUGGAUUAAUAGGAGCUUCUUUAGCAACUGUCACCCAGGGCCUUCCAGCCAGGCACCCCGUGGACUUGAUUAAAACCAGAGGUUUGGGAGAUGAGUCCCAGCAUUACGUCUAUGACUUGAGAAGGCAGAAGCUUUGUGCAGCAGGCUGAGUAAAGGUUGACACAUACCAAACCCCUUUCUUUUUAGAAUGUAAAAGGAUGGAGAGAAGGGUGGAAAGCCUGGACUUAAACCUUUACAAAAAAAUUCUGGAGCGGAAUCCCUUUUAAAUGGUUAUUUUUGUCAUUGCCUCCAGUCAUUUUUUUCUAAAUAGAAAUGGAAAAUUAAAGAAAAAAGCAACAAUCCAGUCUUUUUAAAAAAAAUUAUUAUGCUGGGAUCUCUAAUAAAAUCACAUUUUGAAUUGGAAAACUCUGGUGCUGGUGUUCUGUCUUUGCAAGGAUGAUGCAAAUCCUGUGAUCACUGUGCCCAGUACGCUGCCUACGCUCUGAGGCGUCUGUGAGGCUUAGUAAGUAGUAAGUGCUAGAUGUUUUCUUCUUUUUGUAAAAAAAAAAACCCCAAAACUCUACCAUGUUAUCCAUGAGUUAAAUAAAUUUGAGAAGUUUUUUAAAACAGUGCUUCAAA